AUGUCUUUCCCGGUAGAGAUACUCACGAACAUCGUCGAAUGCAACGAAGAUAGCGUUGGGACGCUUAUCUCCUGGGCGCACAUAUCAAAUUACUAUAAGCACGUCAUUAGUCAUCGGAUUGGUAUAGUCACCGUAGUGGACGGCCCGAAUGAGUUGCAAGAUAUCCUGGGCUAUCAGAUACUUGUGUCCACAGGAAACCACGUUGUGGUGAGCACGGACCAGGACAGUAGUGCUAAUGCGGAGAUCUUGAAGGGGUUUUGUCCCCUGUUUGGAAAUCUGUUGCUCGUGGUAGACUCACAGAGGAGAUACAGCGAGGUGUUGAGCAAUUUGCUUGGUGUUGUGGCACAUUCGUGCCAACAACAUGCCACUGUCUCCGUUUUGUAUAGGACCAGGACAAAUUUUUUGAGUAAGCUAUAUUUCGCCGAGUUCAAAAGGUGUUGUGCCAUUUUGAACUUGGCAGAACUGUACGUUAUAGGUGAGAAUGGUAUCUCACUGGAUGACACCAUGUGCGAUAUUGAGAAUCUGUUUGCAAGAGUGUAUCUAAAUGAUGUCGAGAGCAUUUACUCCUUAGAUCUAUUGAACGCUCGAAAUCCACUAAUCGCACCGGGACUGGAAAUGAUUAAAAACAUCAACUUUGACUCACAAGUGGUCCGGCUCGACCAAUUUCUGGGCGGAAUACCAAACUUAAAAUACAUCGGUUCUGUCAAGUUCCCAUUGGGAAGUUCUGAUUGUACCACUUAUGUUCUUCCAGCCUGUGAUGUAAUAUCCUUCACGGAGUUCAAUUCAGGAGUCGCCUACCCUAUCAUUGACGGUAAGCAAGUGAGGAAGGAAGUUGCCAUAACAACUUCUUUGCGUACGCGAGAUCCAGAGUUUACUUCCCUGUGUCUUCCACAGGUAGAGACGAUGACGCUAAGUAUGCCCGGGAUUGCCAGUUACCAGUGGACAAGAUUUCAAAGCUGCCAAUUUGGUAAUUUGAUGAAUUUGAACUGCGAUGCAGCAAUCAUUCCUUGGGAGGACUUGAGUUUUAUUAAUGGGACAAUAAAGCACCUAUCCAUAAAACUGUACAGUAAAGAACAACUCGAAUGGUUGGAGAGUUGUCCUUUCAUAAUCAAAGACCUUGAAAUAUUUUCUAAUCGCAAGAUACAAAUGGGGAACGAAGCCAAAAGAUUAUUCAAUGUGAAGGCAAGCUCCCUAACAAUCAAAUUAGAAAGUUUGGAACAAUUUAAACUAUUUCAAGAUGUGAUAGUGCCCCUUGUGAAGGCGAACAAUAUUCGGCAUCUGAACAUAACGGUUGGUAUGAACAGCCUGCUGGACUCGGUGACAAGUAGUGUAGUACCCCGAAGAGAGUUGGGCUUAGAGUCAGAGGAUAGCACAAUAAUUUCUCGUCUUCCACCUCUAGAGUCACUAACCAUUCUAUCGGAAGAGAGGGAUGCUUUGGAUUAUAUGGGUUUAUCAUCUCAACAGCAACAAGUGUUCCUGUUGCACCAACAAAGAAGGAGGAGCAGUGCAACAGCUAGUGAGAAUAUUCUUAAGAACAUCCCCAACAUGGUUGAUUGUGGUACAUCAUCGCAAAUGUGUGGAAUGAGCUUCUUCGAAACUCAAGAUAGUGGAAAUUCACAAAGAAAACUAAGUAUGUCUGGCGUGUCAUCAAGUAUGGCAAGCCAAAAUAGGAAGAGACAUUCAUCGGUUGGCUCUUUGUUUUCGAAUCUUUCGCAUCUCUCCACAGGAGAAAUCGCCAUCGAUGACAACGAUGAUGAGGUGAUCGUCUUUGAACCGGCCGGCAGUCACUGUGGCAUAGUGACCACCAAUAUUAACGCACUCGAGUCCUGCAUGAUAUCUCUGAAAAGUUUUGUGACUCUGCCGCUGUUGAGAGUUUUGGUAAUGCCGGAAGAAGAGAAGAUAACUGGCCCAGCAGUUUCUGAUGUUGGAAAUAGGAUCAUAGAUCUACUACAUUAUCCAUAUCGAAUGAAAUUUCCGACAGUCUACAUUAAACACAUUCAAAUAAUGGUUGACUUUAAGAAUAAACGGAUUACCAAUACAGUCGGCCAGAAAGAAAAGGAGCAAUUCUUAAGGAAAUUAGGGACGUAUUUAGAGUCAAAAGGGUGUGUUUUACCUGUAUUGACCAAUUUAGGUUUGGAUCAGACAAGUAGUAAAGUUGAGAAGUCUGUCCUCAUUAAUUUUUAA